CAUCUCGCGGAGUGAACUACCUUACGUCUUCAGCUAGGUAGAUAUUUCUAUCAUAAUUUGGUAACACAUCUAACAAAAAUGGGUAACGUGUUAACAACUUUUGGAAAUUGGAGUGAAUACCCGGAAGGCUUCAAACCUCCGUCAUUCGAUCCGCAAUUGGGAUUUCCUAAUGGUCGUAAAGAAAGGGUAAUGAUGGCAACAGAGCAAGAAAUGAUAGCAGGCAAAGUUCCAAAAAAAUUCAGAGAUUAUUGUGCUCACAAGUACUUAGAGUAUUCAGCCUGCGAAAGAAGACAUUGGCCUAUACAUCCUCGUUGUAGACAAGAACAACAUGCCUACAUUCAUUGUCAAGCUGAAGACUAUUAUUUGCGAAUGAAAGAAUACGAACGGGAACGCCGACUUCAAAGGAGAGAAAAGAGAAAAAUGGAGAAACAAAACCAGACUGCGGCGGCUGCGUCUUAGAUCGCAAAUCGAUUAACUGUUGCUGUUCAGUUUUAGGCAUUCAUAUUCAUAGACGGGUUUUUCCAUCACUGUAAAUAAAUAAUAUUAAUAAAAGAAAUAAAUUAUA